AUGACUUCAAAACGGAGCGAGUUCAGCAGCUUUUACGAGGACCGCAUCUCGGCUCACCGACUGCCACACUCGCGAGACCACGUCUGGGGCCGCUGGAACGAGCCGAGCGUCCUUUUGUCAGUCCUCGCAAUAGCCAUUACCAUCGCCUUCAAGGUCUACAGCACAAACGGCUCGCUCGAAAACCUGGUGGGCUCGCUCGCGAACCUUGUAUGGGACUGCAUCAUAUUCGUCAUACCGGCCCCCUUGCUCUUUGCCUUGGACGGCCGGAUAAAUUCUUCAUCGCCUCGACAGCGCACGCUCGACGACGCUCGUCGAAGCACACAUGCCGCCAAAAGGGAGGCCAUGAGCAGGUUAAUCGGGCUGGACCGCCCCGGUGGCAUGCUGGCUUCCAUGUCGCAGGCAAGAACACGAGCCUUGUCCGUGACAGGAAGUGUCCUAGGGUUGAAGCUCGACUUCCAGCGUCCGCCAGGCCUAGGCAAUAGAGACAAUUCAUGUUACCAGAAUAGCAUUCUGCAAGGCCUGGCAGCCUUGCACUCCUUUUCCGACUACCUUUCGGCCUGCGUGCGCGCCGUUGACUUGCGCGAGGACGGCAGCGACGUUGCUCAGACGCUGCGCGCUCUCCUGUGGGAUUUAAACGACCCGUCCAACAACGGCAAAACGAUAUGGACGCCCAGUUUGCUCAAGUCCAUGAGCACAUGGACGCAGCAAGACGCGCAGGAAUACUUUUCUAAGAUGCUUGACGACAUUGACAAGGGCGUUGCAAAGGCCGUCAAGGCCACGCGUCGAUACUCCGGACUCGAGGCAGACUGCGGCAAAGACGAUACAGUCGCCAGCCAACACAGCGAUGACAGUGGCUACCAGAGCCUGUCGUCGAGCCCGGAUCUGUCGGCCAUCAGGCCACUGCGCAACCCACUCGAGGGCUUAUUGGCGCAGCGGGUCGCCUGCGUUGCGUGUGGCUACGCGGAGGGACUUUCCAUGAUUCCUUUCAACUGCCUGACAUUGAGCCUCGGGCUGGACAAGAAUCGGCAUGACCUCUUUGAGCGAUUGGAUGCGUAUAGCCGGGUGGAGAGCAUCGAAGGGGUCGAAUGCCCCAAGUGCACUCUUCUCAAGGCGCAGAGACUCUUGACUAAGCUGAUUGAGAAGCUGCAGAGCAGCGGUGCCGCCUCGGAGCAACUGGCCGAGCCCUGCCGCAGGCUCGGGGCGGUCGAGACGGCGCUUGAAGAGGACGAUUUUGACGAAAAGACGAUUGCCGAGAACUGCAAGAUCUCGAGCCAGGGCAAGGUCAGCUCGACGAAGACGAAGCAGAUUGUCAUUGCCCGGCCUCCACAGAGCCUCGCGAUCCACGUCAACCGGUCCGUCUUCGAUCCUACGACAUUUGACAUGAUCAAGAACUCGGCCCCCGUCAGCUUCCCGCUGACGCUGGAUCUUGGACCCUGGUGCCUGGGCAGCUCUGAAAGCCAGGGAGCUCAAUGCGCCAUGGAAAAGACGACGGGCGACGCGAACGCAGGCGAGGAGCGGUGGCAACUGGGCCCGACGGCGUCGAUGAUUGCGGGCGACCUGAGACCCUCGAGACUGACGGGGCCGAUUUACGAGCUACGAGCGGCCGUGACACACGCCGGGCGGCACGAAAAUGGUCACUACAUUUGCUACCGGACGUAUCCCAAUCAGGCUGCGGCCAUUUCCAAGGACGCCCCUGGUGGCCAAGUAUCUAGGGACACGGCCAUUGCCGAUGAAAAGAAGGAGGCGGAUACGGAGACGGACGAGGAGGAAACUAAGUCGUCAGGCAAGUCGAGGACAGGCAACCCAGGGUGGUGGAGGCUCAGCGACCACAAUGUCAGCCGGGUGGACGAGGGGACUGUUCUCGGGCUAUCGCCUGGCGUCUUCAUGCUGCUUUAUGAGUGCGUGGACCCAAGCAUGAUGCUGCAGAGCGAUGCCGAGUCUACGGGGGACAGGGAGGAGCUCCUGGGGACCGGAGAUGAGUUAGUGAAGGAUGAAGCAGCCGCAGAGCCCAUGGCGACUCGUCGAUGCGAUGUCGAUGCGAGUGGCCCGGAGGAAGUAUACGCAGCGAGCAAGGAGGGCGUCGCGGUGGCAGCGGACGGGGACUCGCAUGUAGACACGGAGGAUGCGGAGAGAAUUCCGUUGCCGGCGAGCGACGAUGCAGACUUGGAGGUGCCGUGA